UCCAAUCACAGCUGAUCACAUGUAAACUGGGAAAUGCUGGUUAUCGUCCUUUCUCUCCUCUUGAGCUGUCACGCUGACAGCUCCCUUAGCAGUGCCAGCUGUUGGUGCUCAUCAGUGCCAUGUGCCAGUGCCACAUAUCAGUGCCUACCAGUGCACAUCAAUGCCACAUAUCAGUGCCCAUCUGAGCUGCCUUUCAGUGUCACCCAUCAGUGCCACCUAUCAAUGCUGCCAGUCAGUGCCGCAUAUCAGUGCUGCCUUUCAGUGUCCAUCAGUGAUGCCUGUCAAUGCCCAUCACUACAGCCUCAUUAGCGCACAUCAGUGAAGGAGAAAAAUCACUUAUUUACAAAAUUUUAUAA